AUGCCUUGUGGUCAGAAGAGUAAGCUCUGUGCCCCUGAGAAACGUCGUCAGGCCCAAGGCGAUGUCUACGGUCUUGAGUGUGCUCAGGCCACUGCAGCAGAGGAGGAUGGGUUUCCGUCUUCUUCCUCUCCUCCUUUUGGGGGUUCUUCCCGGAGCUCCCCUGCUGCUCACAUUCCCCAGGGGCCUCAGAGAGCCCCAUCCACCACCACUGCUGCUGCAGGUGCUUCAUGCACAAGAGCUGCUGGAGAGGCCAAGAGCCAAGAUGAGGGAGGUCCAAGUUCCUCUGUGGCCCCAGCCUCCAGUGAGAGGUCACAGAGACACCCUCUAACCAGGAGGUUGAUCAUGUUGUUGCAGUUUCUGCUGCACAAGUAUAAAAUGAAAGAGCCUGUUACGAAGGGAGAAAUAAUGAAGAUCAUCAAUAGAAGGUACAAGGAGCACUUCCCUGUGAUCCUGAGGAGAGCCUCUGAGCACAUGGAGCUGGUAUUUGGCCUUGAGCUGAAGGAAGUUGACUCCAGGGGUCAAUCCUAUGCCCUUGUCAGUAAAUUAGAGAUCACCAAGGAAGAGAAUAUGAUUGGUUGCAGGGGGUUUCCCAAGAAACGGCUCAUGAUGCCUCUCCUGGGCAUGAUCUAUAGGAAUGGCAACUGGGCCACUGAGGAGGAAGUGUGGGAAUUCCUGAAUGUGCUGAGGAUCUACAAUGGGAAGAGGCACUUCAUCUUUGGGGAGCUCAGGAAGCUCAUCACCAAAGAUUUGGUGCAGGAAACUUACCUGGAGUACAGGCAGGUGCCUAACAGUGAUCCUCCAUGCUAUGAAUUCCUGGGGGGUCCCAGAGCCCAAGCUAAAGCUAGCAAGACAAAAGUCCUGGAGCUUUUGGCCAGGAUCAACCAUACCAACUCCGGUGCCUUCCAAGUCCCCUAUGAAGAAACUUGGAGAUUGGGGAGGAGAGAGGUACAGGCAGAGAAUGGGCAGGAGCUGGUCCUAAUGCCAGGGCUAUGUCCCCUUUCAGGGUGA